CCCUGAGCAAGCUCCGCUGUCUCCCCAGAGCCGCUCUGAGCACGCUGUCGGCACGGACCCACCGGCAGGGAGGACGGCUCAAAGGCAUGCCAGCUCUCCCGUGAUGCCUGGCCACUGGCUCCAGCCAUGACCUGCAGGGACAGACACAAGAUGUAGUUUGUGACCCUUCCUAGCAAGGCCAGCCUGGAGCUCUGCCCCUUGAGGAGAGACCUUCAGAGGAUGAGUGGGAUAAUCCAGCCAACUCCUGCUGCUCCCUGGUGAGCUGGGACACCAAACUCACCCUGCUUCACACCUGAAGCUGGACUUGGCCUGGUCCUAGAAGGAAAUGCUGUCUCUGCUCUGUGGCCACCCCUCAGCUCUCAACGUCUUCCAUUGAACAGUUGACUUUCCACUCUAGGAGGGAAGGAUCAAAUGGGUUGAGGACAACUGGCCCUUCUUGGCUUUGGCAAAGAGGAUUCUUUGGAGCUUUUUAAAGUGCCAGGACAUGAAACAGUAAAUCCCUUCUUCUUGCCCUCCUGCCUCCUGCAAGCAGCCCUGACUGAGGUCCAAGCCAGCCAGUUAAAGGGUUAACCAUAGCUGGAUGCCUGCAUGGCUGCCUUACUGAUCCCACGGAGGAGCAGAGGGAUGAGGACUCGCCUGGGCUGCCUGUCUCACAAAUCAGACUCAUAUAAUGAUUUCACAGCUAUUCUUCCGGACAAGCCCAACCGGGCUUUGAAAAGACUGUCAACAGAAGAAGCUACAAGAUGGGCAGACUCUUUUGAUGUCCUUUUGUCCCAUAAAUAUGGGCUGGCAGCUUUCCGUGCUUUCCUGAAGACCGAGUUCAGCGAGGAGAACCUGGAGUUCUGGCUGGCCUGCGAGGACUUCAAGAAGACGCGCUCGGCGGCCAAGCUGGCCUCCAAGGCCCAGCGCAUCUUCGAGGAGUUCAUUGACGUGCAGGCCCCUCGGGAGGUGAACAUAGACUUCCAGACACGGGAGCUGACCAGAAGAAAUGUGCAGGAGCCCUCCCUGUCUUGCUUUGACCAAGCCCAGGGGAAGGUGCACAGCCUGAUGGAGAAAGACUCGUACCCCAGGUUCCUGAGAUCCAAAAUUUACACAGACCUGCUGUCUCAGACCCAGAGGAGGCUCAGCUAGGACAGCCACGGGGCCCUCAGAAACCACGUGCUUCCCUCAACAGCCAAACCCCAUCUCUAAAUGUGAAACUUUCUUGGUGUUCAAAGCAGUGGGAGUGAGAAAAGAGGGACAAGGGACAGAGGAAGCUUCCAGAGAGUGACUCUUUGACUAUUUGUGCUUUUUUUUUGUUAGCAGUAGCACCUUGCAGUUGUUCCCUCUGUCUAGCACAAACCCACAACCCUCUCAGGGUCACCUGUGGGCAAGGCAGGUUCCCUUUGAAAUGGCUGGGUUGGUUUGUGUGUAAAUAACACCUUUCCAUCCUUCCACACAUCUCUCCCUGUCUCUCACCUCUCCCUUGUGUUCAGGAGGGCCCCAAGGGCAGUGCUGACACUUGUGAAGCCGCAGCCAGCCCACCUCUCACCCUGCUGGGCUCUGGGACUGAGGGGAGGGAGACAAGAGACAAAGGCACAGGGUUCAAUUUCUUUUUUGAAGUGGGAACCAUCAGCAAACUCAGCUCUCACCCUGCUGGGGUCUGGGACUGAGGGGAGGGAGACAGGAGACAAAGAAACAGGAUUCAAUCUCUCUUUUGAAGUGGGAACCAUCAGCAAACUCAGCUCACCUCCCCAUUUAUUUUGCACACCUUAUGGCUUGGCUGCCACACUGUCACUGCCCCCUUUCCUUCAGGGAUGGAGGCUCAGAGUAUUCCCAAGGAGCUGAGUUUUCCUCAUGAGGAAGUUAAUCCCAAAAGCUCUCACUAGGCCUGGGCAGGCAAGUCUUCUAAUGUGAAUGAUUGUUUUUUGUGGCUGUUAUUUAUUUGUGUGGUAGCUCAGUCUCAGCCAUCAUUCAGGCUCUGUUGUGCUGGGCACUGGACCAAAGCCCAGCACAAAGGGGCUCCUGGCUGCCACAGGCUUGGUGGCUCCUCAGGAAGGACCUGUUGGAACCCUCUGGCCCUUGCUGGGGUGUAGGAAAAGCACAAAGCCCGUCUGCCACAGCAGAUGGCAUUUUUCAUGGGGUACCUGGCCAGUGGCAAUGUGAAAAAUCCCAUUUCUAUUUUUGUUAUUUCCCUUUUACUGACUGUUCCCACUCUCUGAGUGGGUUCAGUGCCCUGCAAAGAGCUCCCCAGCACACAGACCCUGAUGCAGGGUGCUUUUCCCCAGUGGGACACAAAGCAUGGAGUGAGCAGGAUGGGUGUUGGGGCAUGCAGGGGGGUGUGAGGCGCUCUUUGGCCCUGUUCCCAUAGCCUGGAUGGCCCCUGCAAGAGAAUUCUCUGUGCCCAUGCACCUCCUCUGGGCUGGGCAAUAAUUCCUCCCAUCUGAUGGCCCCAUUUCCAUGGCACUGCUGCUCCAGCUUGGCAGAUUCCUGCAAUAUUUUUGAGGGGAGAAGCAGACAGCCUGUCUGUGGAUUUGAGCCGGCAGACCAGAGGUCUCUUUUCUUAAUUUAAUGAAGGCCUGGAAAGUGACCCCAUGGAUCUUUUUCUUCUCUCAGUCAUCCCCAGACUAGAGGCUGUAAACCCCUGCUCCAGCCAAGGGUGGUGGGUGGCUUUGAUACAUCAGAAAGCUGCUGAUAUAGACUUUGUGUAAUGUGGUGUAAAUGAGGUACAAUGAAUUCUAAAGCCAAACAAAAUGUUUUUGGAAGAAGAUAAAAAAAUAUCUGUCUGGAUAUUAAAAAUUACUGUCCAUCAAUUAAGUAGGAAACAGCUUUUUGAGGCUUUUUGCAAGGAUGAUGUGCAGGACAGUAGGACAAACAGGAUCAAGACAGAGGUGGUAACCAUGCUGGAUUUAUUUUGGAGGUGCAUUCCUGUGGUCUCCAAGACACUGAAAUCUAAAUACAUUACAGCUUUAUGUUCAGUAGGGAAAGCUGUUUUUCAGUGUCUGGUUGGCCAGCAGGAGAAUCCUCCAGGUUUUUGGAAGGCAAAUCCCAUCUCCAGUUAAAUUUCUGUGAGGAAUUUCCAGAAAGAGCAGCAGUGACCCAGCAUUCCUGGCUGUCCCCUGUCCCUGCAGGGACACCUGAGGAGCUGGGGCUGGACUGUGGUGACAGAGAUGACAUUCUGCAUUCACACCAGGCUCAGUGACACAGCUCCUGGGGCUGUUGAGGCCCCUCAUGGGACACGAGACACAAAGCUCAGGGUCUGGACGUGGCACAGUUUGACACAAACUUUUUGCUGCUUGCUUGAAAGCGGGAGCAGUGAGGGACAUCUGGAAAAUGCUCCAGAUUUGCCAUGAUUUCUCCAAGGGAGCCAGAUCCUGCAGGAGCUCAGUGUCCCAAAGCUUUAUGGCAAGCAAGGCAGAGUGAGACAGGUCUGGUGAACCUGAGCAAUGCAUGGAAGGAAUCAGAGGUGGAAGCAAAGGACACAGAGCCACACAUCAGUGCCUGUCCCUGGUGCUGCCUGGGCUGUAGGAAGGUGUCUUGGUUUGGAAAGCCAGGUGUCUGCUAAGGAAGGCGGGAGCCUCGCUUGAAAUGGAAAAUGUAAACCCCCUCCCUCUGAAUUAUUGUAAUUUUAAAUUAAGGGGCUCUCAGGCAAAGAUAUGGGAAUAGGAAUAACAAUUCUUUAAUAGGAAAAUUAAAAAUACAAAUGUAAUAGGUACAAAAAAAGAAAACAAACCACUGUCAGAGUCAGACCAUGCCCUGGACCCCUGUGUGUCAGGGAGGUGUCCCAGCCCCAUCCCAUGGGGGCUCAGCCCUCCUGCAGUGCCAGCUGUGGCUCUGCUGCAGCAGGGAUCCUGCACAAGGGGGGAGUUUUCCUCUGCAGCUCCAGGGCUGCUGGAGAUGGGCCUGGGCUCCCUCUGGCAAUGCAGGGCAGCAGAAAGCUGCUCCUCUGGGAAUGCAGGGGGCAAAGGCUGCUGGGGUGUCCCAAAGCUCAGAUUGGAUCCAGGCAGGAAUGCUUGGCUCCUCCCCUGGGCGGAGCAUCUCCCCAUGGGAUGAUGGGAUUUGAUCAGCCAUGCAGGGACACUCACUGGCCCAUGGACAGAAGAUAAUUGAUAAUUAAUGGCCCCUGAACCGAAGAGAUCUCCUGGAGGGAAGACUGGUUGUGGGAGAGAUAAAGAAAACUGCCCAAAGAACAGAAGAGAACUGCCCCACCUCUGACAGAUGGGAAUUGAACACACACCCCCAGCCACAUUUUCUAACCUCAGAAAGAAGGGGUCAUGUCACCCCCACAGCCCCUGGGGUAGGACAAGAAGGACAAACCCAACCCUCCUGCAGUGACACACUCAGGGCUUGACCUGCAAGGGGGAUGGAAAUCUUCCCUCUCUGGCUGUGAGCAGAGGCUGGGGGAGCUCCCCUUUCCCAGAAACGCUGCCUGCCAUCCCUGUGUGACACAGCACAGACUGGGAUCCCCAGGGGCAAAGGCUGCUUUUGCAGUUUCCUCUCCCAUCUGGGCCACCAAAAACUGAUGCCUUGGAGUGGCUGCCUAGAACAGAGGCUAGAGGUUAAGAGAAUAAUAUGGGUAUUUAUUGAAGGCCUUCAAUAGGCAUACCUUGGGCAGUCAAAACCUCCCCAAGGGGUUACACCUAGGAUAGACAAUGGUCAUGAGUUUUUCAGACAAUUAUAAGUUUGUUCUUUUACAUAUCAGGAGUUAAUCUUCAAUUACAGCUUCAGGUAAUGAAGUUAUUUAUCCCCAGUUCCCCCCCCCCCCCCCAAUUCACUUUUCUUUAUCCUUUUUGGGGCCUGAGGCUGUAGGGUGUCUUUGGAUCACAGGCCCAGAGGGAUUGCUUUGUCUGACCAAAAUGUGGAGAGAGUUAACUACACUUUCCAUUGAGUUUAGAGCUAUGCACUAAUACAGUCUAGGAUUUGAAAAACACAAAAAUUAAAAUCUUAUAAGGCAUCAGCCUGUGGUCCCAGUUUUACUCCCUGCCACCAAAGAGCAGCUCAGCUUCCCAGCACUGUGGCAUCAAACAAAUGUUUCAAGUGGUGAAGGGAGGCCACCUUUUCUGGCCCUGUCUUCCUCCUUUCCACCCUGCUCUUGCCUGUACAUGCAAAAAAACAUCCCAGAGCUGCCCAGGAUGUGAGAGUCAGCAGAAGGAGGCUGAAGCAGUCACUGCUUUUAAAGAGAAGGCACAAAGCCAUGAUAGCUCUCCAGACAGACCUUCUGAGUGGGCUUGAGUGCUGCUGACCUCUGGCCAACUGAGGUCAGCACCUUGGGGAGGGUCACAGAGACAGCCAGGCCAGGGGACACAGCAGGAACCAGAGGUUUGUGUCCAGGAAUGUGAGUGGGACAAUCCCCAGGCUAUCCUGGUCCUGUCCAGUGUGACUCCAUCUCUCCACAAGACCCUCCAGCAGUGUUGGUGCUGGAAUUCCUUUCAUUUUACAUCAGAACUCAAAAAAAAUUUCGAAGUGUCCCACACCCUGUAAAUCCAAGCUCCCUUCUCUGCUCCAUCCACCUGGGGAAUUGCUUGGAGCAGGGCACACCUGGAGAUGUCGUUGCUGCAGUGGUGACAGGAGCUGGAAUCAGGCUGACUGAUGUAGGAGAAGUGUUUUUCCCAGUAAAUUGUUCCCUCCACUGGGAACAGCAUCCUAGAACACAGAGUGGAGCAAAAGUAUUGUCUGAGGCACUUGAGUCUGCCUCUUGUUAUUUUUGUUGCUGCUCUUGCAGUUUGUCUCUCUGGAAGGAAAGCAGACUAGUUAUUUAAAGUAAAAUUCUAUUUUUCUUAAACAAGAAAUGGCACCAGCUGCUUCUUUUAUGACAAAUGCUGUUCUGAAUUGAAUCAAAAUAAGCAGCUUGUAGCUCUACCCCUUAAACCAGGGGCUGAUCAAGGAAAUCAUGACUGAGCCAAAGCUUUGGAAAGAGCUGAGUGGUGACUAAUUCCCACCAAGGGCAAAUAUCCUAUCCUUGAUUCAUCUCUUCCUGCUGUGAAAAGGAUACUCACAACCUACAAACCCAUUUCCCCUCUCCACAAGCACACACCUCCAAAAUGUUCCUCCUGUUUGGAGCAAUGUUAAAAUGUGCCAUCGCAUGAAGAGAGGGGGAAAAGAUUGGUUCACUCAGUUCUUUUUAUUCUGUUUGCUGGCCCAUACCCAGUCAGCUCCCAGGUAGAUUGAUGGCAGAAGGGAAAAAGAGUUUACAAAUUUCAUUUUCUAUGAGCUUCAGGUGGUGUUAACUGCAGGGUCAGAUGCAGAACUCGAAUCUGUCUGAAGUUUCUCCUGCUUUGGUCCAUCAGCCAGGCUUGGGAUGAUUUCCACCACUUUUAGUGGACUCAUUAAUGCACCUUUAGUCCAUGCUGGGAGGGUGUGAAGGGCAAAGGGGAGGGGGAAAUUGCUGUGUGUGUCUGGGGGUGUGGGUGGAUGAGAGUGCAUGUGACUUCAUCUGUAUCUUAUUUAGUGUCCUCUACUACAGAAGCUUUUCUGAGACAUAGAUGUGCAUGUUAAAAUAGGAGAAUUAGGCACAAAUGACAUAAACAGAGACCUUUAGCCAGUGUUGUGUUUGCCUCGUGUGUAAGUCCAAGUAGUAGUAGGAGAUGUAAAACUCUGCUAGGUUCCCAGUUACCCCUAAGAGCACAUGUAUCAAACUGAACUGAAUGUUCACUGAUGAUAGACACAAAACCAAAAUGUUUACAGCAUUCAGAGCAAUAGCAAAGCAUACCUCAUGCCAGUCCUGGAGUGCCUCUCACCUGUCAGUGCAAGCUCUCCCCUCCCUGGGGGCCUCUGGCUUCUUCUCCCUCCAAACUCUUCUCUCCUUCUCUCUCCUGUCCUGGUUGUCUUCCCUCCUCCUGCUCCUCCAAGCACUCCAAACCUUCCUGUCCACCAGCACUGUUUGUCCUCAUCUGUCUGAGCCUGGGACUACCCUAACCUCCCCCUGCUUGCCUCUCCUCCAUGCCCAUCCCUCCCUCCUCUCUUCUUUGCCUUUUCCUUCCCCAGGCACUCAUCUCUGGUCAUGCCAUCUCCCCCCUACAUGCCUCCUACUGCCACUGUAAAGCUCCUAGGAGCUCUUCCCUGCCCAUUAUAUAAGAACAAAACGUUUCACAUAAUUUUCUGCAUUAUCGUCCAUCCCUGGGGCUGCUGCAGUCAUCUCCUUCCUUGGUGCUGUGCUCUCUCUGGCAUCGUAGCAUUAUAUCCCAGAACUGGAAUUAAAGUUCAUUUUGCUGCUAGACCAGAAUGCUUCUGUCUACCACGCACCCCUUGGGCUUUGCAGAGAGUCAUCUUGUCCCCAAGUCUUUUGUCUUCCUUGUUUUUCUCCUCCUUCCAUGCAGGCUGCACGUGCAGUGCUUGUGGCAGGGGCUGGCUGGGGUGGAGGGUGUCCGUGCUGAGGUCAAUCACAGCUGGUCACCCCCGUGGCUCUCUGGUUUAUAAAAGUAGUCUCAAUAAAGGUGUGUGGGUUGUAUUUGCUCAGCAAACUCAGUCACUGUGCUCUGUGCCUCCUGCAGGAGGAUGUGUGUCUAAUCUGAGGCUGCGGUGAACUCAGCGCGAGUUCAGUGAGCCGAGGCCGUGGGAGGGAGGUGGCACAGGGGGACGAGAUUGUUACCAAAAACAUCCAACACUCCUGGCAAAAAGGCACAGGAGAAAAGGCAGUGCCUGCUUCUGGAGGCACCAGGGAGCUCUGGGGACCAGCUGUGCUGUGAAUUGUUUGUCUGAAGCAGCCCCACAGCUCCCAGUUUGCCUCACGUGCUGCAUGCCCCAGGCUGGCUCUAAAGCAUGAUGGAUGAGAAGCUGCUCAGCUUUGCAUUUCCAGUGUGGGUAACAGCUUUAUCCUAAGAGAAAUGUCUUCAUGUUGCUCUAUCAGUGCCUGCAGCCACCAGCUGAAAAGCAGGGAGGGGAAGGAGGCACCUUCUGCUUUGUUUACUCCUGCAGACCUCUGCAGGAACUCCUGGCAAUGAAGAGAGCAGGGUAUGAGCACACCCUGGGGUAGAUCCCCCUUCUUUAAGAGCCACCACUGAAGAUGUCAUCUCCUCAUAACCUCUCCCCCAACUCCUCUGUGAGUUGCCCAAAUCAGAGCUCAGAUUUGUCCUUAAGCUCUUUAGCACCUCCACCUUGGUGGGACAGCAGUGUCCCCUUGAGGACCUGACUACAAACUCCACGCCCAGCAAGGCUGCUUAAAAUAACAAAGAUACCUGGUUCUUCUGCAAAUCAGCUCGUGGGUGGCUCAGAAGAGACUGAGGAUGGCUCUGCUGCACUCAGUGAACUCAGAAGUGAGCCACCAGGCAGAAAGAACAGCUCAAAAGUGCUUCCCUGGGCAAUGCUUUUAUUUUCAGGAGAUCCUGCUGCUGCAGCUGCCACCCCUGCAGUGCUGCUGGUGUUGGGGCAGGCCAGGCAGGCUGUUCAGUCUGACCCCUUCCUGCUCAAGGAGAGGCAUGGGCUCAGCUCCCCGGGUCCCCCUGCAUUAGCUGCUUGUUUGCUAGGCUCCCCUUGCUCCCUGGGAGGCUGGAGAAGCUCCUCAGCCACGCCACAAAUCCCCGCCGAGCCGUGUCACCACGCUGUGCAGUGUUACACCCCUGCUGUAUAGACACCCUGAGGAUGUAAUAAACAGCCUGAGACUA